AUGAAGGGAGGCGCAGACACGAAGGCUAUUGCACCCUGCACUGACCAACCUAAGACGGCAAGCGCCACGAGGACGCCCGGUGACAGAGAAGACAAGCUGGGAUACACGGCCAAGCUGGAGAGAAUCUUUCAAGAUUUUUGGCACAAACUGGAG